CCCAAGGACGUCUUCCUGCUGCAUUACCACCUACUAAUCCAUCCUAACCUUCCCUGGCAUCCCUAAACAUCCCUGACCUUCCCCUGCACCACCACCACAGAGGUGAGAAUCUCCCAGGAGACCAGCGUGGUGGUCCUGCACAGCAACAUCAGUAUCACAAGGGCGGCCAUUGAGGCCAGCUCAGUGCAGGCGGUGCAGGUGGUGGCGCCCCCGCUAGUGCUCACAGCAACACAGUUUGAGCCAACAGCUGCACAAAUGGCCUUCCCAUCUUUUGAUGAACCAGCCUUAAACGCCAGGUUUUCAGUGAAGAUUAGGAGGGAACCUGAUAUAUUUUUCAUAAGUUCUGUACCAUUAGUGAAGUAUGUACAUAUAACUCCCUAGCUCGCUGAGGACCAUUUUGAUACCGCUGUCAAGAUGAGUACCUACCUCAUGGCCUUCAUCGUUUUGGAUUUUAAGUUCAUCAGCAAAAUAACCAAUCAUGGAGUUAAGAUUUCUGUGUAUACAGUACCAGACAAGAUCAACCAAGCUGGUUAUGCACUGGAUGCGGCAGUGAAACUUCCAGACUUCUACGAGGACUACUUCAGCAUUCCAUAUCCUUUACCUAAACAAGAUUUGGCAGUAAUUCUUGAUUUUCAGUCUGGUGCUAUGGAAAACUGGGGACUGACCACAUACUGGGAAUCUGCGCUGUUGUAUGACCCUGAGAAGUCCUCAGGGUCUUCUAAACUUUGGAUUACUAUGAUAAUAGCCCAUGAGCUGGCUCAUCAG